GUGAAGUCUUUUAAGAAAACAUGGCUGAAGAACCACAAACAAUUACUUUACCAACAGUAAAAGUACGACGAAUGUUAGAAGAACUGAGCUGCAAAUUUACCUGUUUUGAUUGGUCAGUUGAUAAGCAACAUAUUGUAUCAUCCACUGAGAGUGGUACAUUAAUCAUUUGGAACGCAUAUAGAAAUAAAAAAGAAAAAACAAUUUUGAUGCCAAAUAACUUGGUGUUGACGUGUGCCUACUCACCUUCAGGCAAUAUAGUCGCAUGCGGUGGCUCUGAUAACAAAGUCAAUGUAAUAAAUAUAUUAAGUUCUGUGGAGAGUACAUCUAGUGAAGUACACAAUGUUGGCACUCAUUUGAGUUUUGUGUCUUGUUGUUCAUUUCCAAAUUCAGAUCAUCAAAUUUUAACUGGAAGUGGAGAUGCAUCGGCUGUGCUUUGGGACAUAGAAUCUGGUCAAAUGAUACAGUCAUUUCACAGUCAUGUAAAGGACAUUCUUGCUAUUGAUAUUUCCUCUUCAGAAAUUGGCAAUAUAUUUAUUUCAGGCGGUUGUGAUAAGAAGGUUCUUUUGUGGGAUAUGAGAGCAGGACAGAGCGUUAAGUCAUUUGUUGGCCACUUGGCCGAUAUAAACUGUGUUAAGUACCACCCAAGUGGUGAUAUUAUAGCGUCUGGUUCUGAUGAUGGCACAUGUCGGAUGUAUGAUUUAAGAGCUGACAAGGAAAUUGCACUAUACUCAGAAAAUAGUAUUGUUUCGUGUAUUGAAAGUAUUGACUUUUCACUCAGUGGUCGAUUAUUUUUUGCUGGAUGUACAGGCCAUUUGAUUCGCGUUUGGGAUAAUUUAACACGUGAAAAAGUUAGAGUAUUGCAAAAACACCGAAACAGAGUAACAACUGUAAAGACUUCGCCGGAUGGAACUUCAUUAGCUUCUGCUAGCUGGGAUGGAACUUUGUGUGUAUGGGCUUGAGCAGUUCAAUCAAUAAGUGUUGGUAGUCAAAAGUAGUGUUUAGUUAGUACAUUUUUUUUUCAUAAAUGUAUGCUAUUUAACCUCAAC